AUGACUUCAGGCACGAGACUGCCAACAUGGAAAGAAAGAGAGAACAACAAGAGAAGAGAAAGGAGAAGAAGAGCCAUUGCAGCAAAGAUCUUUUCUGGGCUAAGAAUGUAUGGCAACUACAAGCUUCCAAAACAUUGUGAUAAUAAUGAAGUCCUUAAAGCCCUCUGCAAUGAGGCUGGCUGGACCGUCGAGCCCGAUGGCACCACUUACCGCAAGGGAUGCAAACCUGUGGAGCGCAUCGACAUUAUUGGUGGUUCUGCAACAGCAAGCCCAUGCUCCUCCUACCACCCUAGCCCCUGUGCUUCCUACAACCCAAGUCCUGGAUCCUCUUCCUUUCCCAGUCCAGCUUCAUCCUCCUAUGCUGCUAAUACCAAUGUGGAUGGCAAUUCGCUCAUACCAUGGCUGAAAAACCUCUCAUCGGCGUCUUCAUCAGCAUCCUCUUCUAAGUUCCCCCAUCUCAACAUCCAUGGUGGCUCCAUAAGUGCUCCUGUUACUCCUCCUCUGAGCUCUCCAACUGCUCGAACCCCCAGAAUAAAAGCUGACUGGGAAGACCAAUCUAUUCCCCCAGGCUGGGGUGGGCAGCACUACUCCUUUUUGCCAUCUUCAACUCCACCAAGCCCUGGCCGCCGAAUUGUUCCUGAUCCAGAAUGGUUCGUGGGGAUUCGAAUACCACAAGGUGGUCCCACUUCUCCCACAUUCAGCCUGGUUGCCUCCAACCCAUUUGGCUUCAGGGAAGAAGCUUUAGCUGGUGGUGAAUCCAAUGGCGGAUCCCGCAUGUGGACUCCUGGUCAAAGUGGCACGUGUUCACCUGCCAUUGCAGCCGGCUCCGAUCAUACAGCUGAUAUUCCCAUGGCUGAAGUGAUUUCAGAUGAGUUCGCAUUCCGAUGUAAUGCAACUGGGCUAGUGAAGCCAUGGGAAGGAGAGAGGAUCCAUGAAGAGUGUGGAUCAGAUGAUCUAGAGCUUACACUUGGGAACUCAAGAACCAGGUGA